GCGGGCUCACCAGCAGAGUAGGUUCAUCAGUUUGGGUAAGAAGCAUUCAUUUUCUUCCUACUCCAAAUAAACUGUGCAACUUGACAACAAACUUUUGUCGACAUUCCUAAAAAUAGUGUGUGCAGUGGUCAGCUUUUCAAAUAGCCAGUGCAUUCUUAAGUUACUUGGCGUUGAAAAGUCCUUGAAAGCUGUAACUUCACAGUUUAUUCGAUGAAAAUUCUUUUCGUGAAUAGGACAGAUAAUAUCAGAUAAGACAAAUCGAGGAAGUAUAUGCAUGUGGUAUCUUGAGUUUAUCUUAUCCCUCCUAACCAGCUAAGAUGCUGGAAUCAACUUAGAGGGGAUUUACUUCAAUUGGAUUGCUACACAUUUUAAUAUAUUGGACAAAUUAUGUGAGGAAACUAUAUGGUGAUAGAUAAAGUAAAAGGUGAAUUAGUUUCCUAAUGGAACUUCAUUGUGAAAGACCAAAUUAAAGUGUAAGUGAAACAGAAUUGAGUUUAAAGAAACUCUUUUACGAACUGUUCUAUUCAAAAAAACUGUCAAAUUUAAAAAGGAGUAAAUAAAAUAUGGACCAGUUCCGUCCACAAUCCCACAACACUCGAUUACGAGCUGGCCCUAGGGAUCCAGAUGAUAGAUCCUAUUCAGGGACAUCAUCGAUAGAUCAAAGAACUCGAGCAGAAGAACAAAACGCUUAUGAAACAUUCGAAGAAAGACGUCGAUCAUACGACGAUCCAUACCAACAUAGAUCAAGAAGUCGAUUAAACUCUAGACAGAAAUCUCAAGAUCAAGUGCAGCAACCACCGUCUCAACAGCCACAGUACGCAGGUGGCCACCACUUCCGGGAAGCCCCGGGGGAUCGAGAAGAUUGGGAUCCUGGGAUGUUGGGAUCUGAUCAACCAAGGCGAUUACACCAACAACUCUCUGGACUCUCUUCCUCUAACUCGUCCGAUGAUGAAGAUGCCAUUAACUCCGAUGCUACUUACACGGGAUCAGAAGUUGCACUCGCUCGUGACAGUACCUUGGUGUUGCCUUGCAGACGUCUAAUGGAUAACUCAUCCAGUCUAGUCACCUCCCAUAAGCUAUCGAUGGGUAAGACCGGUAGCAAAGUGCCACAAAGUUUAGGAGCUAAUAACAACGCUCUCAAUACCGGAGACAACAUCCAAGAAAACCAACUGAGAGAAAAUGAGCAAGAUUUUGCCUCUUGCUUGGCAAGGACACCCUCGGGAUCCAUUUUUAUUCCCAGCGAUGUUCCCAAGCUAUCCGCAUCUGCGAAAAAAAGUGAUACAAAUGCUUCUCAUGGAACUUCGCACCAUGUGGAUUCAAAAAAUCCUGAAAGGUGUCAUAUGUCAUAUCCUUCAACAGCAUCUGUGCCUGGUAUCCCCGUCCGCAAUAACCUGAGGCGUCCACUGUCCAGCCGAUUUAGUCAUUCACGAUUUCAGUUUAGAAAAACAUUAUCAUCUCGAUGUAGUUGGAAAUGCACUGCUAUUAUUUUCAUUUUUUUAUCAUUGGUUCUUUUAACUUCCCUAGCAUAUUUCAUUGCAGUUGCAGUUCUGAAUUGGCAGUAUGCGAACAAACACCCUUGUCCUGUGAUGAUUGAAGACAUGGGCAGAACUAGUGAUGGAACAGAAAUCAAAAGUAUGUACCCUUUAUGCAAAUGUAAUAAACCUAGUGAAAUUGUACCUCAUAUACGAAAAAUUAGAGAAGCUGGCAGUACUAUUAUUAAUAAUCCCAUUGAAGACUAUAAAACUAUACCCACUACUUUAAAAAGUGUUUUAGAAGAGCAUGGUGAUGUUUCUAGUGGUGAAGCAGCCAUUGCAGAAGAAUCUCCUGAUGAGGUAGAUUUCACUGUUGCCAAAUUACCUAAUGCUGAGCUCAAUGAUGAUUAUUUAAUACCUUUGGAUGCAUUUGAUUCAAAUGGUAAAAGUAAAAGGGAAAAAUUCCCAAUUGCAGAAGAGCUAAGAUUAAGAGAUGAUUCAAACAAUAAAAAACACCAGACACCAAUCCAGGUUGUAUCCAGUCCUGAAGCAUUGAUCCAAGAUGCUUCAGCUUUGUUGCUCAAUCAUUUCGAUCGUCUCAAAGAAGAAAGUGUCAUCGAUCCUCCUAUCUUAUUGCCAAAAAGCUCUGAGGUGUCUGAUAUCUAUAAAUAUCCAGAAUAUGAGCAAGUUGACAAGUAUUAUCCCUCUGAGCAACCAUCUGUUAAGAUUUCAUCCACCACUGAGGAGGUGCAAGAAAUAACUAUGAACAGCUCGCUGUCUGGAUCAACAUUAUCGGAAAGUUUUUCUGUUUCACCAUUUGGUGGUGAAUUUGUAAGUGGUGUGGCUUCUUCAACCACUGAGGGUAUUAGUGUUGAGGAUAAAAAUGUUGAAUCAGGCUUUUCUAAUGCAUUAUCAAAAGUCUCUACUUAUAGUAAUGAAGAGUUGGACGCACCAUCAGAAGAUGAAGUGACACAUUCAGUUCGUGAAGAUAGUUCUGAUAAUCUCUCUUUAGCUGUAACUACAGCUUCAGUCAGUUCUGAGUCAACUUUUGCAUCAGCAUCUGAGAAUCUCACUUAUGGCCCUUCUUCAUUACCCUCAAAGACAUUGCCUCCCACUACAGAAACGUUUUCAGAAAUUUAUUUAGGAAAAACAUAUGCUCGUAAAGUUGACUCAUUUGGCCAUUGGAAUAUUCAUUUUCAACAACACGCCCCCUCUUUAGUCAAAUUCAAUUAUUCCUUACCUGAAGGUGCUAGUGUUGGUGUUUAUGGAAGAAGGAAUGGCAUACCUACACACACAAGGUAUGAUUUUGUAGAGAUUUUGGACACCAGAAAAAAGGAUAGCAAGAGAUCUACGAAGGACUCUUUUAUAAUGGAGUUUGUACAGUUCUUAGAUCAAGGCUCUUGGUAUAUAUCUGUAUAUAAUGAUGGAGAACAGCCUCAACAAGUUGCCUUUAUACCGAAUUUAACUGAUCAAACUAGUCUUCCUUGUCCAUACGAUUGUCAUGGACAUGGUACAUGUGUCAUGGGAAGCUGUAUUUGUGAGCCCGAUUUUGCUGGCGAAUCCUGUUCAAGUAGAGUAUGUCCUGUUUUAUGUAGUGGACGUGGUCAUUACGUAAACGGGGAAUGUCUCUGUAGCCCGAGUUGGAAGGGUAAAGAAUGUCAACUACGUGAAGAUGAAUGUGAAAUUUCAGAUUGCAAUGGUCAUGGAGAUUGUAUUGAUGGAAUUUGCCAUUGUUUUCCUGGUUACAAAGGAUUUCACUGUGAAGAAGUUGACUGCCUAGACCCUGCUUGCUCGGAGCAUGGAACUUGUGCCAAUGGAAUGUGCAUAUGUCGAAAGGGAUGGAAGGGUGCCGAUUGUGGGGAACCGGAUUCAGAUUCAUUACGUUGUCUGCCCGAUUGCUCUGAACAUGGCCAUUUCGAUGUUGAGCUACAGAGGUGUGUUUGUGAUAAUCGUUGGUCAGGUCCUGAUUGCUCCCAAGAGCGAUGUGAUUUGGAUUGUGGUUAUCAUGGUCACUGCCAAGGAAAUGUUUGCAUCUGUGAUAGUGGCUGGUCUGGACCAAAGUGCAAUGAAAAGCAAUGUGAUCCACGCUGCCUUGAAAAUGGACAAUGCGUUAAUGGAACGUGUAUUUGCAUCCAGGGAUGGAACGGUUAUUUUUGUACUUUAGAGGGAUGUCCGCAAAAUUGCAAUAGGCAUGGCACCUGUACAAAAGUUAACGAAGACUGGCAAUGUAAAUGUGAUGAUGAUUGGUCUGGAGGAAGUUGCAAUAUUCCAUUAGAAAAAAUAUGUGACGAUAAGAUGGACAAUGAUAAUGAUGGCUUAAUUGACUGUGCAGACAGUGAGUGUUGUAAAUCUAAAGUCUGUGAAAACAAUCCUUUGUGUUUCUCUUCACCAUCACCUUUGGAUAUUUUACUUCGUAAACAACCUCCAGCUGUUACAGCUUCUUUUUUUCAACGAAUGCAAUUUCUUAUUGAAGAUGGCUCUGUUCAAAGUUAUGCUAACAAGGCUGCAUUUAAUGAGACUAUGUUUUGGAAUAAUUUUAAUGCCAGUCGAGCUGCAGUAAUUCGAGGAUGUGUAGUUAGUAUUCUGGGAAAUGGUUUAAAAGGAGUAAGAGUCAGUGUGAGAUCUGAUUAUAAAUUAGGUUUCACGAUAACAAGAGACACUGGUUGGUUUGAUUUGAUGGUUAAUGGUGGUGGAGCAGUUAACCUUGAAUUUCAAAGGGAUCCAUUCAAACCUCAUGAACAUACCAUUGUUGUUCCAUGGAAUGAAAUAGUAGUUGUUGAUAAAAUAACAAUGAAAAUAAAAGAAGAUACAUUACCUGAUUACAGAUCCAACUUGUGUAUGGAACAUGACUAUGAUGUUAUGAAACCAGUUGUUCUGGCUACAUGGAAACAUGGCUUCCAAGGUGGAUGUGCUGAAAAAAGUGCUAUACUGGUUGAAUCACAAGUUGUACAAGAAAGCCUUGCAAUACCUGGGACUAACUUACAUUUAGUGUAUCACAGCAGUAGAAUGGGAGGAUAUCUGUCAACCAUUCAGCUUAGACUUACUCCUGAUGAAAUCCCUCCUAGUUUACGCUUCAUUCACCUUAGGAUUUCAAUCGAAGGAAUUCUAUUUGAUAAGACCUUUGAGGCUGCACCAGCUAUUAAAUUUACAUAUUCUUGGGAUAGAAGAAAUAUAUAUCGGCAGAAAGUUUAUGGUGCUGCAACUGCUACUGUGUUUGUUGGUUAUGAAUAUGGUUCUUGCCCUCAUGUCAUAUGGGAAGUUCAGACUACUCAAGUUAGUGGACAUGACAUGAGUAUUUCAGAAAUUGGAGGCUGGAAUUUGGAUAUACAUCACCGUUAUAACUUUCAUGAAGGUAUUUUACAAAAAGGUGAUGGAACUAAUAUUUAUCUUAAAAAUAAACCAAGGGUUCUUGUCACAACAAUGGGGGAUGGCCAUCAGCGUGCUAUGCAUUGUCACCAGUGUGAUGGUGUUGCAAAAAAACAAAGACUUUUAGCACCUGUUGCUCUUGCAGCAGCACCAGAUGGAAGUCUUUAUGUUGGAGAUUUCAACUUAAUUCGCAGAGUUUCUUUGGAUGGUCAUGUUGCUACUGUGGUAGAAUUAAGUGCUGCUCAAGUGGCUUAUCGUUAUCAUUUGGCUGUUGGGCCAGCUGAUGGGAAGUUAUAUAUAUCAGAUCCUGAAAAGCAUCAAGUUUUCAGAGCUGUUGAUUACUACAACAUACCAGAUGUUAAAAACAAUAUUGAAGCUAUAAUUGGUAAUGGUGGUAAAUGCUUGCCAGGAGACAAAAUGCUUUGUGGAGAUGGUCGAAAAGCUCGAGAUGCCAAAUUAGCUUAUCCAAAAGGUCUUGCUGUCUCUGCAUAUGGUGAAAUCUAUGUAGCUGAUGGGACAAACAUUAGAAUGAUGGAUCGUAAUGGAAUUAUUCAUACUAUCAUUGGAGAUCACUAUCACAAAAGUCACUGGAAACCUUUCCCAUGUGGAAGAACUGUUUCAAUAUCCCAGGUUCAUUUAAGAUGGCCCACAGAAUUAGCUAUAAACCCACUGGACAACUCCCUACACAUUCUUGACGACCACAUAGUAUUACGCUUGACUCCUGACAAACGUUUAAAAGUCAUCGCUGGCCGACCAAUGCAGUGUCCUAUACUACCACCAUCUGCUGAAAAGUCUGAUAUUGCCAUCGAGAGUUACCUUGAAUCUCCACAGAGUAUAUCCUUUUCACCAAGUGGUGACCUUUACAUUGCUGAGAGUGACUCUCAAUUGAUCAACAGAGUUAGAGUUGUCAGCAGCGAGGGUCGCAUUGUCACCUAUGCUGGCGCUGAGUCAAAAUGCAGCUGCCUUGAUAUCAAUUGCAAGUGCUUUGAUGAGGAUCAUAACCUUGCAGCUAAAUCUCAACUCAGCACAAUAUCAUCGAUAGCCCUAACUCCAGAUGGUUGUUUGCAUAUAUGUGACCAGGGUAACUUGAGAAUUCGAUCCGUCGUUACCUCACUUCCAAAAGCCAAUGAAGUUGGUGAAUUCCACAUAUAUUCUUCAGAGACGCAAGAAAUCUAUAUUUUUAACCGCCAUGGCCAACAUGUUGCUACAAAGAACAUCCUUACUGGAAAGACGAUGUAUUUGUUUUCGUAUAACGUGAAUACUAGUCUUGGAAAAUUGAGUACUGUUACUGAUGAAGCAGGUAAUAAGAUUUACAUCUUGAGAGAUUACACGAAUCGCGUGAAUACCAUCGAGAAUACGCAGGGUGGCAAAUGUCUUCUGGAGAUCUCGAGGAUGCAGAUGCUUCAAAGGUUUACAACGCCUGACAACUUUAAAACAUCUUUUGAGUACCAGGGAAGCACGGGUUUGCUUAAGAGCAAGUUGGACAGCUCAAGAAAAGCUUUUGUUUAUAAUUAUGAUAGUUAUGGCCGCUUGGUGCAUGCUGUUACCCCAACUGGCCAAAUUAUUAAACUAAUUUACAAUCUGAGUAUUAAAGGAGCUUCUGUAACAGUUCUGCAAAAUGAUAAAGAACUGAUGUCUUUGUUGAUUAGAGGACUUGAUGUUUCAAGAAAGACAGGUUUGAUGCAGCAACGCAUCACUCAGUACCAAGAUGGAAGCCUUAUAUUAGCAUUGGAAGAUUCCAAAACUAUUGAAAUGGAAACUGCCCCUAGUCCCGUUAUUACCGAUCAAAAUGAAGUUUUGGGAGAAAUCUUCCCCGUGCCUACAAAAGUAAAGGCAACUUUAAGUGAUGAUGUUAUACAAAGGUUUGAAUGGAAGUAUUACUUGAGGAGAGAAGGAAAGGGUAAAAACAGGCAAAUCACUCAAGUUGGAAGAAAAAUGAAGGUAAAUGGUGAAAUUCUUGUAGCUGUUGAAUUUGAUCGAGAGCAGUACAGUGAAAUAGUCUAUGACAAAAAUCAAAUACCACUCGUAACAGUUCAUUAUGAUGAACUGGGUCGACCAAUACAAUGGCAACCAAGUCAAAAUAUAACGCCUGUUCAAUUGAAAUAUGACAAAUUUGGCCGGUUAGAACGGUGGGAACGAGGAUUGCUAUCUGAGCACUACUCAUUUGAUAUUAAUGGACGCCUGGCUGAUGUACGAUUUUCUGAUAGCUCUGGAUUUAUGUACAAAUAUGAUGACAACCUUGCUUCACUGCCUACCGAAGUCAUUCUUCCAAGUGGAAGCCGUUACCUACUUCAGUAUGAUUCAGUGGGAAGUCUUCAAAAUAUCAACAUGCCUAACGGUCACAAGCAUGAAAUAGCCAUUCAAAUAUCAUUUGGUUUCUACAAACUUCUGUAUCUGUCGCCAGGUGUCAAAUUUCCUUAUGUCCUUCAAACUAAUGAGUUUGGACAAAUUUUACUUAAACGCCUUCCGAAGAACAAAGGCAGAGUAUUAUACAAAUAUGAUGAGGGAGGUAUGUUGACUACUUUGUUCUGUGGUAAUGAGCGAACUGAUUUUACUUAUUAUGAGCAUAAGUCGCUGUUAAAAUCUGUUGUAAAAAUGGCAUCAGGUCUAGAAGUUAAGAUGGAUUAUAGAUAUCACGGAUCAUUGCUCAAAGAAGAAAGGCAUCGAUUUAGCAGCAGAAGUGGCAUGGAUGGUGCUAAGUUUAAAUACGUCUACGAUGGCCGCCUGUCUUCUGCUGUAGUGGAAAUUAAUGGCAAAAGUUCAUCUGAAAUAAAAUAUCGAUAUAACACUGAAACUGGAAUUCUAGAACAAAUUCAACAUUUCAUCAUACAUCGCCCGAAAGUAAACAGCAUAUUUAUUCAAGAUGAAAUGAGACAAUAUUCCAAAACUAUUGGCUUAGAUGCCUAUGGCAGGAUUGUUGUAUUAGCUGUGACAUUAUGGAAUAAGGAGAUAUAUUCGUUGAAUUUGAAAUAUGACAAUCGAAACAGGGUAAAGCAAUCUCACAUGAAAAUUGGCAGGGAAGGUACAGCUAGUAUCCACAAUUACAACUACACCCUAGAUGGAUUUUUGGAGGAAGUUUCUGGAAGUGAUAGAUGGAAAUACUCCUACGACAUCAAUGGUAACUUAAAUAGUGUAUAUGAUGGUCAACAUCAGCUUUCAUUGAGAUAUGAUGACAGUGAUCGCUUACUUGGCUACGGUGACUCCGUUGCCUAUAUUGUAGAUGACAGAGGUUACAUAGCACAGAGAGGUGAAGAAAAAUUCAGUUUCAACGCUGAUGGUCAACUUACCCAUGCAUUCCAGCUGCAUCAAUAUGAAACCUUUUAUUACUACGACCAUAAAAAUAGACUGAUAGCUCGCAAAGAUCACAAAGGAAAUGUUACUCAGUUCUUUUACUCCGAUCCCCUUCAUGAAAACCGCCUGACUCAUCUUCACUAUCCAAAGGAUGAAGCCACCUUCAUCUACAUUUAUGACAGCAGUGGACAUCUUAUGUACAUCCAACAGGAUGGCUUGAAAUAUUAUGUUGCAAGUGAUCAUUUAGGAUCUCCUGUUGCUCUAUUCAAUGCAGAAGGAGUCAUAAUCAAAGAAAUGAGCCGGACUCCUUUCGGUAGAAUGUUGUCAGACAAUAAUCCAGACUUCUAUUUGCCCAUAGAUUUUCAAGGUGGAAUAAGAGAUCCUCUUACUAACUUGAUACACUAUGGUGGAAGAGUUUAUGAUCCGCUUGGAGCUCAGUGGCUUGUUCCAGACCUGGGGUCCAUGCGUAAUUUGCUGCAAGAGCCUUAUAACUUGCAUCUUCAUAGAUUCCACCGCAAUGAUCCCAUUAAUCCAUUCCAGGAAAAGAAUCAUCUCACAGAUUUGAAAGAUUGGCUGUCUGUUGUUGGAUUUAAUACUAAUGACAUAAUGCCCUCUUAUUAUCCUGAAGAGACCUGUAAUGACUUUUCUAACAUCCAAGAAUGUUCACCCGCCAUAUCUGGUAUCAGUUGUGCCAUCAACUCUCAAGCAAUGGAAUUUUACAAAUUGUCUACUGUUCCAAAGACAGAGGUCAAAAUAAGUAGUACAUUUUCUGACAAAAAGAAUCCACGCCUCACCACAAUCCAGUCAGUAUUGGGAGAUGGUAUUUUGCUCUCAAACAAUAAUGGCAAAGCGCUUGUGAAUACAGUGUCUGAUGGACCCAAUAUAUUGAGAGAUGUUGUGGUCACUGUGUUUAAUGAAACUAAUAUGUUGAAUUUGUAUUUCUCCAAAAAUGGACAAGAUUCUUUCUUCUUUGUGCAAGAGGAUGCCAGUAGAGCACAGAGGAAUUGGGAUCAGUUGCAAAGAUUGGGUACUAUGUUCAAUAUAACCAUGCACAAUGUAGAUCCAAAUGAAGGAAGUAGUGGUCAGGUAGACAUAAAACUACAGAGUCCCAGCAUGAUUUUGAACAUUAGAUACGGGACGACGGUCGAUGACGAAUUUCGUCGCUUAGUUCGCUUAGGUAAACGCAGAGCUGUAGAGGAAGCAUGGCAACAAGAAAAAGACAUUGCCAUGAAAGGACAUAAAGGAAUGUACGAAUGGUCAAAGCUUGAAAAAGAUGAGCUUAUAUCCAGUGGUAGCAUUGCAAAAUAUCAUGGUGCUUACAUCCAUGAUGUUGGACAAUUUCCUGAACUAGUUGAUGAUCCAAACAAUAUAAUUUUCAAAAAAGAGAGCUUGCGGAAGAGGCGGAACAGACCACGCAAGCCAAAAUAAAAAACAAAAACAGGCUGUAAAUUGAGCAUGGAUAUAUUUUAUGACUACUGUUACUGUUGGAUCAGUGAUGAGUUCUGUUUCUUCUACUUUUUUUAAUGGUCUUUUAGCAAUGUCGUUUUCGAUCACACAUUCACUCGACUGAAUGUCCCCUGUGAUUCUGACCCAUGUUGGGUUGCCAACUUUUCAAAUUAUCCAAUGUACUAAGGUACAACUCAAAGAAGCUUUAUGAUAUCCUGUCCGAAUUUUGCACAUCGACUUCCAAAACACACUUUUAUGAGCUAUACUCAGGCGUGAGAGUAACCGAAUGCACAGUGUCUGUACAAAAGAGAUUUUUACAAAUAAAAAAAGACAUGCUGGUAUGCAUUAUGAAACAUACUGUGAUUGUUCGACUGACUAUUUAUUGUUCGACAGCAUCUUGGGCGGUUAGAACCCAAGCUAACACUAGCGAUACUUAAAAAGGCUCUUAUUCGUUUUACGAUGUGUAUACUAAAGAAAAGAAUAGCCUUUGAAAGCAAGUUUUUUUGCACUGUGCAAUAUUGAACUUUACUCUUCAUCUGAUCAUGUAAAUUAACUUUUAUGAAUUAUCAUUCUAUAAUGAUGGAAGUUUCAGACAAAACACUUGUAGAAGGAAACUGUAGGAAUUGAAAAGUAUUUUAUUCUGAUUUUAAAUUUAAUUUUGUUUUAUGUAUGGGCUGUAUUGAAAUACAUAUUAUUUUGAAUCACACAAUUGAAAUUAUGACUGAAAUAUCAAUAUAGAUGGACCAAUUGUAGUGUGUUGAUAUUUGUAUUUUUGCAAGUUAAAAAAAAAAAUUCACAAUAGUAAAUUUCUUUAGUUCACUAGUCAGCUAUUUUUCUUCUACUAUUUUAAUUCUGCUUAAGAAAAUUUUGAAUAUUUAGCCAAACUAAUAUGAAUUUUU